GCUUCCAUUGCCCUCCAGGUUGUGAUGGCGUGACUCAAGGAUAAGUCCCAUCACGUGUUGUGCUCUCCAACCUCAAACUCCUUUCCACAUCCAGCCAUCGGAGUAGCUUCUUUGAUGUAGGUAUGGCGAUGAUGGGCACCAAGACCACAGAUGGAGAGAGGAGGGACGCCGCUGGGAGAGAGAGAUCUGAAGUGUCGGGAGGGAUCCAUGAGAGAUGAAGAGAUUGUCGCCUCAGUCGAAGCAAAAGAGGGCUUUGAGCCGGAUACUUGGACGGAGGUGGCCAAUCACCUGCAUGUCACCGACCUAUCAAUUCUCUCCGCCACCUGCCGUUCGUUCCGCCGCCUCCUCUCCGACGACUCCAUCUGGCGACAUGCCUUCCUUCGCGACAUCACGCUCCACACUGACGAUACCAACAUGCUCAGGAUUCUGCAUGAUCCCCGCCCGUUCCACCGCUCCUGGCGCUUCCUCUACGCCACCGCCUUGGACCCUAUAGUUUCCUACUGCAUCCGUCAGCCCGAGAAGCACAUUGAGUUGUUUCGCGUCGGUGGGUUCGUGAUGGACACGUCCAAGCUUCUGCUAACAGCUAAGCUGGCGCUGGCGCCGCUGUGGUUGAUGAAGGUGCUUGAUAAUACACUAGACACCUCCAUCGGAGCUUGCUUACUCACCAACGUACGCCCCGGAGUCUGGAUCGCUGACAUGCACAGGCUGCGAUGCUUGGGAUGAGCAGGAGUUAAGCUUGGGGAUGCUUGAUACGUCUCCAACGUAUCUACAAUUUUUGAUGGUUUC